AUGUCCCAAACAAUCCCUACAACUACCAAAGUCUGGAGAAUCAAAGGAACAGACGGAUUCCAUGGCUUGGAAUAUGAUGCUCAAGCUGAACUCCCAGCAUUGGGUGACAACGAUGUUCUUGUCAAAUUUCACGGUGCUUCGUUGAACUAUAGAGACUUGGUAAUGCUCAAGGGCCUAUAUCCAGCUGCUAUCAGAUUGGGUGUCAUCCCCGGCUCUGACGGUGCCGGCGAAGUCCUUGCUGUUGGAUCAAAGGUAUCUCGAUUUAACCCGGGCUCGAAAGUCGUUACUCUUUUCUCCCCACGUCACUACGGUGGUACGCUCACCCCAUCAACCCUGGGACUCGCCUUGGGUGGUGGCUCUGAUGGUACCCUUCGUCAACACGGUGUCUUUAACGAAGAAGCGCUCGUAGAAAUGCCUUCUUCACUUUCCUACCUUGAAGCCGGCACUCUUUCCUGUGCAGCUGUCACAGCUUGGAAUGCUCUCUACGGAUUAAAGCCGCUCAAACCUGGUGAUGUGGUCCUCACACAAGGAACUGGUGGUGUUAGCAUAUUCGCUUUGCAAUUUGCUAAAGCAGGAGGGGCAACCGUAAUUGCUACGACCUCCUCCGAUGCCAAAGCUGAAACACUCAAAAAGCUCGGUGCCGAUCACGUCAUCAACUAUAGAACCACUCCUGAAUGGGGUGCGCAUGCCAGAUCCCUCACUGAACAAUCCAUCGGUGUAUCGCACGUUAUUGAAGUUGCUGGUGCUAAUUCCAUGGCACAGUCCUUAAAUGCCGUAAGAUUUGAGGGUGUCAUCAGUAUAAUUGGAUUUUUGUCAGGAGAGGCAGAAGAAAAGGAGCCGUCAUUCUUGCAAGCUUUGACCAAAAACUGCAUUGUUAGAGGUGUAGCCGUUGGAAGCCGGGAAUUGUUCGAGGAUAUGAACAGGGCCAUUGAUGCAAUGAAGAUCAAGCCGGUGGUUGAUGAAAAGGUAUUUAAGUUGGAGGAGCUUAAGGACGCUUAUCAAUAUAUGUGGGAACAGAAACAUUUUGGCAAGUUGGGCAUUACAUUUGAGUAA